AUGGCUGCACGCCAUGCGUUUCGGUGGCAUCAUCCUACCACCAGUGAUAAUAAUCUCUCUCUUUUCCGUCUGCUGGUAUUGGAACAUGACCUGUUUUGGGAAGAUGAAGAGCUUCUCUCUCUCUUUCCCAGCAUUAUUUCAAUCUUUGCUUUUGGAACAGGUCGUGCUUCAGGUUCAUCCCUCAUAUCAAUAGUCAAUGUCCGGAUCUCUGAAUCUCACAAGAGGAACCGCAUCCAGGUCUCCAACACCAAAAAACCCCUCUUCUUCUAUGUCAACCUCGCUAAGAGGUAUAUGCAGCAAUAUAAUGAGGUUGAGCUGUCUGCUCUUGGAAUGGCAAUUGCAACAGUGGUCACUGUGGUUGAAAUUCUGAAGAAUAAUGGAUUUGCACUCAACCUUGAUGACAACAAUGGCACCGCAGACUCUGCAAUCUCUGUGGCUCGCAUGGAGGCUGUGGAAUGGAUGUUGAAAGUCAAUGCUCAUUAUGGGUUCACAGCUCUCACUGCAAUUCUUGCCAUUAAUUAUCUAGAUAGGUUUCUUUCUAGCCUCCAUUUUCAGAGAGAUAAGCCAUGGAUGAUCCAACUUGCAGCUGCCACCUGUCUCUCUUUGGCUGCAAAUGUUGAAGAAACCCAAGUCCCUCUCCUCUUGGAAUCCAGGAUGGGUUUUAUAUUGAAAGCUGUGUUUCUCUUUCUCUCACUGUUUCUGUUUUCAUUACACAAAACAAAGGCUGAGCAUUACAAGCAUGCUAGCAGUUCCAUAGCCAGGAAGCUUGCAAGUGGGUGCAAUUAUUUCCAAGGCAAAUGGGUAUACGAUUCUUCAUAUCCUCUAUACGACUUCUCAACCUGUCCCUUCAUAGAUCCAGAAUUCAACUGCCAAAAGUACCGAAGGCCUGACAAACUCUACCAAAAUUACAGGUGGCAGCCCUUCUCAUGUAACCUACCAAGGUUUAAUGGGUUGUAUUUUUUGGAGAAAUGGAGGGGGAAGAAGAUCAUGUUUGUGGGUGACUCACUGAGUUUGAACAUGUGGGAGUCUUUGAGUUGUAUGAU